CUCAAAAUCAACUUGCGCAGGAAUAUCUUGUUCCAUUUAAUGUAGCCAUAAAAGCCCCGCCUUGUCGCCUUGUCCCAGUGAAGCUCGGCGGACGGCUGGAGUGAAUGAGAACCGCGGGGGCCGCCUUGCAGCACUCUGUCCAAUCCACAGGCGUCUUAGCGCGCAGGUCGGGUUCUUAUUGGCUCGACUAAAUCCUGCCUCUGCCGUCCCUGGAGUGCCUCCGUCGCAGCGCGGCUUGUUGUCUAUUUAGUUGGCUUCAGGUUCUGAGCUGUGGUGGAGGUUGGCCUGCGCCCGGUCGCCUCCUCCGUUGCGGCGAUGUCUGAGGGCGAAACCAAACAACUAUCCGGCAAUAUCUGUGCCGACCAGAAACCUGAGGCUGCGUCUGCGGGAUCCGGCAUGACCUCACUUUCGCCGCCGUUAGCGGCGGCAACUCAAGAGGAGGAGGAAGAGGAGGAAGAAGAGGACGAGUCCGAGGACGAGUCCGAAAUCUUGGAGGAAUCACCUUGCGGGCGUUGGCAGAAGAGGCGGGAAGAGGUUAAUCAGCGCAAUGUUCCUGGAAUUGAUAGUGCCUAUUUGGCAAUGGAUACAGAAGAAGGAGUGGAGGUGGUUUGGAAUGAAGUCCAGUUCUCAGAACGCAAGAAUUUUAAGCUUCAAGAGGAAAAGGUCAAAGCUGUCUUUGACAACCUGAUCCAGUUGGAGCACCUGAACAUUGUGAAAUUCCAUAAAUAUUGGGCAGAUGUGAAAGAAAAUAAAGCUAGGGUUAUCUUCAUUACGGAAUACAUGUCCUCUGGUAGCCUGAAACAAUUUUUGAAGAAAACAAAGAAGAACCACAAGACUAUGAAUGAAAAGGCCUGGAAGCGUUGGUGCACCCAAAUCCUUUCUGCCCUCAGUUACCUUCACUCCUGUGAUCCUCCCAUCAUUCAUGGAAACUUGACUUGUGAUACCAUCUUCAUCCAGCACAAUGGGCUUAUUAAGAUUGGAUCAGGUGCUGCCAGAAGCAUGGCUUUGUUUGCGGUAUCAACUGAGAAAGUUGUGAAAAAGAUAGGGGUUGCCCCAGAUACCAUCAACAAUCAUGUGAAGACCUGUCGUGAGGAGCAGAAGAACCUGCAUUUCUUUGCUCCAGAGUAUGGCGAAGUUGCACAUGUGACUACAGCAGUGGACAUCUACUCCUUUGGAAUGUGUGCAUUAGAGAUGGCAGUGCUGGAGAUCCAGGGAAAUGGUGAAUCCUCCUAUGUGCCACAAGAAGCUAUUAACAAUGCCAUCCAAUUGCUAGAGGAUCCAUUACAACGAGAGUUCAUUCAGAAGUGCCUGGAGCCACAACCUAGCAAACGACCCACAGCUCGUGAGCUUCUCUUCCAUCAGGCUUUGUUUGAAGUACCCUCUCUGAAGCUUUUGGCAGCCCAUUGCAUUGUGGGCCAUCAGCACAUGAUCCCGGAGAAUGCACUUGAAGAAAUGACCAAGAACUUGGACAUGAGCGCUGUACUGGCUGAAAUCAACCAUGCUGAUCGUGAUGGUGUCCGUAUGAUAUUCUCACAGUCCCCAGCGCUGGAACUAGACAAGUUCUUGGAAGAUGUGAGAAAUGGAAUCUAUCCACUUACUGCCUUUGGCCUGCCCCGACCUCAGCAGCCACAGCAAGAGGUGGUGAAAUCUCCCAUUGCCCCCCCAUCAGUAAAGACUCCAACACCAGAGCCAGCAGAAGUGGAGACUCGCAAAGUGCUGCUGAUGCAAUGCAACAUUGAAUCAGUGGAGGAGGGUGUGAAGCACCAUUUGACACUACUGCUGAAACUGGAAGACAAACUGAAUCGGCACUUGAGCUGUGACCUGCUGCCCAGUGACAAUAUUCAAGAACUGGCCACUGAAUUGGUUCAGUUAGGAUUCAUCAGUGAGGCUGAUCAAAGCCGGCUUAGCUGUUUACUUGAAGAGGCGUUCAACAAAUUCUUCUACUCGCGGAAUGGGGCAUUGGCAGCUGUCACUGUGUCAUCAUAAUGACCAUCUUGCUGCUAGCAGGUGUACCUGUUCUGCAUCUGUGCAGGGUACUACUCUAAGCCGCUGCCACCACCGUUGCCAGCUUGGAUGUGCCUCCUGCAUGUGUUAGAGCCAGGUCCUGCAGACAAUCGCUGCCAGUCUUAAAGGCAGGGGGGGCAAGGUGGGAGGGGAGGGCUGUGUGCCUUGUCAGUAUUAUUUUCCCUGUGGCCAAUGGCCUUCCUUCCCUCUCCCUUUUUUUGGGCUCACAUGCAUGGAGUUUUCUUUUGCUUGAAUUGUACAGGUUUUUUUUUUGCACAGCACAGAUGUCUGUCUUAUUAUUUAAAAGGGUGGGGGGGAUGGAGAAGUUAAGUUCUAUCCCAUUCCAUGCUGGCCCUCCACAUUACACAUGCACUCUCUAGCCCCACAGUCAUUGCCUUAUCCCCUCCAGAUGAACUCUUCUCCUUCCCACAGUUGCUUCGUGCACCAGCCUUGCUUCGAGUAGCCUUGGCUGCAUCUGUUGUGUGGUGUGAGGGUUCCCUCUGGUCAAUAGAGGAAGUAGAUAGGUGAACUUCCAGUUCAGACAGCAGGUGGUAAAGGCAAUGUUAAACCAUCCUUUCCUUUAGGAUAUUAUCUAAUGCCUGCAAGCUUGGGGCCAGUUUAUCAGAGAAAGUCAACCCUUCCUGUGCUGGAGCUGUUCCAAGUGUCAUUUCUGUUCCUAUUUUUAAUAAAUUGUUUUGUAAAUAAUUAACUGCAACCUGUUUGUGAUUGGAAUCUGGGAAUCAGAAUCACAGAGUUAAAAGGAGCCACUUAAUCCAAUCUCCUGCUCACUGGGAAAGGGCGUUAGUGAUUGGUGUUGGGCUGUUUGUAUUCCUGAAGUUUCUUGAUCUCUGCUUUCAUAUUUUUAAAGAUAUUAUCUCAUCCGCUGACUGUAUCCAGGUUGAAUCUGAACCUAAUUUUCUCUUCUGCUUAUUCACCAAAAAAUUGCUCACAAUUUUAGCCAGCUUUUGCUUUAAAAAGACAAGAAAAAUGCUCCCUUGGUUUCUAGGAACUAUGUUCUAUAGCAAAUACUAUUAGUUUCUGAGUUGUGCGAGUUCUCUGAGUUUGUUUUUAUUUGUAGACAUUUUAUGUCUAGGUAACAUCUGGAGAAGAUCCUAGAACUAAGAUAUUAUGUAAGUUGAUAUCUGAAGACUUUCCACUAUUUAAUUAAUAAUUCUAUGUUGAACAGAAAAAAAUCUUCCAUACAGUGCUGAGAUAAUUGCUUUUACGAAUGAAGGCAAAUAUAUGUGUCCCAGAGUAAUUGCAAGAUCUAAUCUGGGUCUGUCACUGGGACUAGAGGUUUAGUCUUCUGAGUUUUCAGACUCAUCUUGGAGUCCAUCCUCAGGGAACUUCUCUCUACCAGAAUAUGCUAUUCUGUGCUUCCUAUUUAUGUGGUGCUUUCCUAUUGGUUGAUUGUUGUGUUGAUGGCAGGCAAUUGGCUGUUGUUUUCUUGUGCUGUCAAGUCGUUAGCUCCUAAGUACAGAUAAGGCUUCCAAAGCCUGACUUAACAAUAACAGAUCAAGAAAAUGUGUAGCUUCAGCUAGCCAGCUUACAGUUCUCUCAUAGCUCGGAGGUUAUUAAGAUCUGAAUAAUGAGCAAGUUUGGACUCAACCCCAGCAACACUAUGGGUAUGUUACCAGCUUUAGUUCUGGAUGGUGUUGCACUUCCCCAGAGGGAAAAAGUAUGUAUUCUGAAACUCGCUCCAGAUUUGCAUCUCUUAAGAAGCAAGUGGAAGUCAUGGCCAGAAGGACCCUUAUAUCUUAUGUACCAGUUAUGUCUUUUUAGUUAGCUUCCCAGUGCAAUUCAUGAUGCUGGUAGUUAUCUAUAUAGCUUUGAUUGAUCAAAUUAUUUUUGACUCCUAAUGACCACAUAUUCUCCCUCACAAUCUAUGCCAAUUUUUUUCAGAACUCCCAAAGGUGCAUUCAUUAGUACUGUAACUGAGUCCAUUGACUUUCCGCUGGUCAUCAUCUUCUCUUUCCUACCACCUUUCUCAGAGAUAGAGCUUCUCCAGAGAGUUAGGUCUUUGUAUAAUGUGUCAAAAAUAGAAUAAUUUAUGUCUCAAGUGAGAACUCUGGGUUGAUUUGAUGAUCCAUUGGUUUGUUUUCUUGGCCACAAUUUUCUCAGGAAUCUUCUCUAACAUCAAAGUUCAAAGUCUUCCUAUCUUGCUUCAAAGUUCUGCUUCCAGUUCCACAAGGAAUGGAACACAGGGAGUGACACGGAAUACCAUAUCUUGUACAAGUUUGAGCUUUGUAUAUAUGGACACAUCACGGCUACAUGGCUUAGGGCAUGGAUAGCUACAACACCAUCUUUCUCCAACUGUACUUACCUAUAUUGUAAAAUCUAGUAGGAUUGGCAUUCUACAUGACCCAUCAAUAAAAUAAUGUCCAUCUAAUGGGAACCUCAA